GCCAUACCAAACACCCCUCAGUAAUAUUGAUAUACUUCAUCAGGAGUGUGACCUUCCCAUCCAUGGCGGCCUCUACCUCCUUUCUGCUACGGAGGAGUGCCCUAACACUCGGAGCUUUCAAUUCCUUCAACCAACUAAAUCGCAUUCGUCAAAUUCAGUCAAGCUUCCAACCCCCAAUUCGCCAAUGUACACGCCGGGCCAUAUCUCGUGUGAGUGCAACACAUGAUGAAGAGGCUUCUGCUAAAGCAGCUGCAACUGAAGCCAACACUGGAGCUCCAACCAUAUUUGACAAGAUUAUUUCAAAGGAGAUCCUUUCCACCAUCAUCUAUGAGGACGAAAAGGUUCUAGCUUUUCGUGAUAUUAAUCCUCAAGCACCUGUUCAUGUUUUAGUCAUCCCAAAGCUCCGAGAUGGGUUAACAGAGCUUGGCAAGGCUGAACCAAGACAUGAAGAUAUACUGGGUCAUCUUCUUCAUGCAUCGAAAAUAGUAGCUGAAAAGGAAGGCAUCGUUGAUGGAUUCCGUGUUGUUAUUAACAGCGGUGCAAGUGCAUGUCAAUCGGUUUACCAUCUUCACUUGCACGUUCUUGGCGGAAGACAGAUGAAAUGGCCACCCGGUUGAUCGGUAUGAGUGAGGUUCAAACCAUCAUCUAAUUGCUUCCCUUCCCUUUUCAUUUUGGUAGCUUAUGCUGGUUAACUGAUAAGGAAGGAGGGUGGAUUGGAUUGAAGUGUAUUAACCCAACUACAUGUGUGCAUUUUGUCUCAAGUUGAAUAAAAACCUUUGCUUAAUGGCAUUUAGUUUCUGACAGAAACAAAGUAUUAUUAUGUUUCAUUCAAUAAUCAAUUUUUUU